AACCACUUGCUGUCCCAUCACUGCCGUGCAAACCCCCCAAAACAAGACCUCAACCCUUGAAACCAGCAAGACAUCAUAAACAGUCACUUCUACCUAAAGCAUUACACCCCAUUUCAAACCAUCCACAAUGAAAUCCACCCUCGCAAUCACCCUCCUCGCAGCCCUCACCGGCCAAGCCUACUCAGCCAGCUUCCGUCUCGGCCUCCGCAAUAGCGACUACAUCGCUGCCCCGGAAACACCCAGCGACGCCGAAACCCCAUCCGUCGUCUUCUACACCCCCGGCGAAAUCCCCGCCGAGCAAGAAGAAUGGCAAUUCCAGCUGCCCGAGGAGAACUCGGACACCGAAGUCCUAAUCCAGCACGUCCAGACCGAGAAAUACAUCCAAUGCAGCCCGGAAGAUGCCGCAUGCGUAUUGACUGACAACGGAACUUCUUUUACGGCGUAUAAUGCUGAUUUCGAGAAUGGGGUGUUCAGGGUCGGGGUGGACUUUGGACAGGGGCAGGAAAAUUGGGUGCUGGAGGCGGGUGAUGUUUUGCAUUUGGCAGAGCCGGCGGAGGAGGUUGAUGCGCAGUGGUUUACUUUCAAUGUGGAGGAGGAAGAGGAGUAG